AUGCGAGUUUCCGUGAGCGAUCCGAAGGUGUUUCGAGGUCAGGGCUUGUCGAGUUCGUUACGGCCAGUGUACCGCAAGUCGUGCGCAUUGUGGAUCAAGUUUGCGGGCAUUUUUCUUGCACUGAGCCUGUUUAGCGAAUGCUCAAACCUAGCGCUCGUCCUCGGCACCGAUCAUGAGCUGUCCAGGAACGACACGCUUCUGGAGCUCACCAGAUACAGCUUUGAUCGAAAAGUGAAAGAGUUGCUUUCAGACCACCCUGCAAUGUUGUUACAGGUGUACGCGCCAUGGUGUGGGCACUGUCGUCGCUUUGAACCUACUUUGCGCAGAAUUUCACAGCAGUUAGCAGGGGGUUGCCGGGACCCGCCCACACACCCGUGUAUCCCGGUCGCCAGAAUCGACGGAGAUCGCGAAAUGGUCCUUGCGCUGCGCCUGGGGGUCUGGGGAUUUCCCUCGUUUUACGGGCUCAGGGCGAAUCCGGAUAAUCCGAAUCGACCAGUCGUUCUGUUCUACAAUGGCUCACAUGAUCAGGAUGCACUCGUGGCUUUUGUGGAUAGAGUAGCCAAACAGGUGCCCAUUGACGCUAUACCAGACGCGGUGCGUCUGGAUGGGUGGCGUCAUCCGUUUGGCGCCAUCCUACGGCUGGCCUCUGCGGGUGUUUUGGCGCCGUAUCAGGCGGCAGCGGGGCUCUCCUCACUGAUGACGCGUUGGCAGUUCUGGGCUGUAUUUGCGGUCGCUCUAACAGGUAGCCUGCUUUACUGGCGUCGUCGGCGACCAUGGAUGCCGCGACAAUACACGCGGACAGCCACCAUGAACGGACACGUGAAAAAACCCCAAUGA